AUGUCAGGGAACAAACGUGAAAUUGGAAGAUUCUUGGAGAGACAUGCAAAAAUAAUAGCACCAUUACUGGAAGGACAUGGUAUCGACUUUAGUGCGACCUUGAGCCCUAUAUCAAAUCGGAAGCUUAGGACAGGAGACUCAUUUUACAUAACGCUUGACUGCUUUGCGACAGAUCAACUAUUUGGAGCAAGGCCCUUGGAUGAGAAAGAUCUCGAAAACAGUCUAAAAACUGCCCAACAUACCAAGUCAACGAACUCCCACUUUGUGAUGGAUGAAGGCGCUGCAUUAAUCAGCUUGUUCAAAAAGUUGCAUUUAUUUUCAGACAAUAAUCAAAAUGAGGAAGCAAGCGAGGUGAUAAGUUUUGGAGAAUCAGAGGAGGAAAACAAUAAAAGAUUACGGGACCAGCGUUCAGAGGAGAAUGAUGGAGUGUUAACCAUGAAUCAGCUAAAAUCUUUGUAUCAGUCUACUGAAUCAAAGUUUGAGGAUACAAUUCUUCCGGAUUCAAUACCCAAUGACUUGUUGUUGGAAUUACGUCCUUAUCAGAAAUAUGGAUUGAGCUGGAUGCUUUUUCGUGAGCAAGAAUAUGAUUUGGUGGGACUCAACAAUCCACAAGUUACAGACGAAGGAAAAGAGGAUUUCAAAAAACUUAUGACAGAAAUUAGUGGUACUAAAAACCCCUUAUGGAAAGAAUGCAAAUGGCCUACGUUGUCAUCAGCAUCAAAUGACGGUUUUUGUGAACAAACGGAAGAACCUUUUUACGUAAAUCUUUACACUGGUGCAUGUUCCCAUUAUUGCCCUAUGAUACAGAAUCAUACGUAUGGUGGCAUACUAGCUGAUGAAAUGGGAUUAGGGAAGACCAUAACAACUCUUGCGCUUAUUCUCAGCUGCCACGAAGAUAAAUCUUACAUUCAACCAUGCCGCAGAGAUAGAUAUGCUCAUAAGACCACGCUGAUUAUUGUUCCCAUGGCGCUAUUAUCGCAGUGGGAAAGUGAAUUUGCAAAAGCCAAUGGCAACACCCGCAGAAAGUGUUACAUUUAUUAUGGCACUGAAACUUUAGGUGAUCUGAGUCUAUUGCUAUGCGAGAACCCCACGGCACCCACGGUGAUAUUGACCACAUACGGGACGGUUCAAAGUGAGGCAGCGAGAAUCACCAAGACAGGAAAUAAGAUAGGUUUAUUCUCUGUUACCUUUUUCCGUAUCAUUAUCGACGAAGGUCACAAUAUAAGGAACAAAUCAGCCAAGACAACGAAGGCCAUACAUUCCCUCUCCUCAAGCAGAAAAUGGGUUCUGACAGGUACCCCAAUUGUCAACAGAUUGGAUGAUUUAUAUUCACUUUUAGUUUUUCUGGACCUGCAACCGUGGGCGAAGUAUUACAUUUGGAGACGCUUUAUUACUGAACCUUUUGAUCAGGGAAGAGACUUGAAUGAUGCGUUCGCCCUAUUGAAGUCGAUUUUAGAUCCAAUAAUCCUUCGAAGAACAAAAGAUCAGAAGGACAAAGACGGAAACCUGCUAGUUUCUCUUCCGUCGAGGGAGAUCAUCAUCGAACGACUGAAAUUCAAUGAAAAAGAGGAGAUUCUUUACAAUCAUUUAAAAGCCAAAGCAAUCAACGUGCUCACCGAAAAUAUGAAGGCAGGGCUAGUUCUGAAAAACUAUUCUUCGAUUUUAACUCAUCUGUUGCGUUUAAGACAAGUAUGUUGCCAUCUGGACCUAAUCAGAUUACCCGUCACAGAUAUUUCGAACGAAGAUGAAGACUUGAAAGAUAGCUUGAAUAUGAUGGCAGAUCAGGCUACAGACGAAAGUUUUCGAAUCUUGCAAGAUCUUGAAAAAGAAGAAGAAAAGAGCAAAUUAUCUUUUGAGAAAUUGCUUGCCAUGAAGAACGAAAUCUACCAGUCUUAUCCAGACUUUGAUGAUGUGGAAUGCACUAUUUGCACAGGUCCCAUUGAGAUCGAAACAUGCGUGAUUACUGAAUGCAAACAUUGUUUUUGUCUUGGCUGUCUUAUGGAGCAUUUCAAUUUUCAGUCGCGGCUUCAUACAUCUAUCAAUGCCAGCAACAACCUGAUUGUAUCCCAGCUUCCCGAGGUUCCAGUAAUCUCUAAAGAAGUUUUUUGUCCUGUUUGCAGACAGUCGAUUCAUAAGAAUCGUUUAUUUAGAACCUUCAAACCUGAGUUUAAAGGUUAUUCCGCUUCAAAGACAGAUAGUACUGAGGCUUACCUGACACAGAUGGAACAUACGCAUGAAAGAGACUACUACAUUCGUCCAUUCAACCCUUAUGGGAAAUCAUCGAAAAUUAAUGCUCUUCUCUCACACCUUCAACAGAUUUACGAAGAAAAUCCUGGUGACCAUGUAAUUGUAUUUUCCCAAUUCACAAGUUUUUUGGAUCUUGUUGAGAAAGAGCUGAAGAGUUACACGUGCAAUUUUAGAAUCUUAAAGUUUGACGGGAGAUUGAACGUAGAUCAAAGACAGAGAGCACUAAACGAAUUUAACACAAAAACAACUGAUGGGAGAAUAACCAUUCUUUUGAUCAGCUUGAAGGCGGGAGGAGUGGGUUUGAAUCUCACUAUUGCAUCCAAAGCCUUUUUGCUUGACCCUCAUUGGAAUAAUGCCACCGAAUUCCAAGCUAUAGAUCGUAUUCAUAGAGUUGGACAAAGUAAAAGCGUGAAAGUCGUCAGAUUCAUUAUGGAAGGAAGUAUAGAGGAAAGAAUGCUCAAGAUUCAAGAGCGCAAGAAUCAGCUCGGAGAGGCAUUAUCUAUGAAUGAUGAAGAGAGACGGAAAAAGAAAGUCGAGGAAAUCGAAAUCCUGUUUGCCGAAUGA